UGCGAAGUCGACCACUGCUGCUGCUGCUGCUGAUGCUCACAAGAAGGCCCGCGCCCGAGCUGCUGAGGACACAUCGUCCCAAGGGUCUAAGGAGGUGACGAUCACGACCAAUUCUACAUUGAUGAGGUCGAAUCUGUUGCGAGGCCCAGCGAAGAAGAAGACAGUGACCUUUAAGGAGGUGUCGGACUCAGAUGACUUCAGCGAACCAUCACCUCCACCACCUGCAGGGAGAAGGCGACCAGCUGAACGUCCAGCGGGCCUUGCCGCGAAGCCUUCUCGAAAGGGUACCCCGACAGCUGCUAGAGGUCGCAAGCCUGCGGCGACCAAGAAAGGUGCCUCCAAGCCUCUUUCCCCGAAGAAAGCAACACAAGUCGCGAAGGGAAUCUCCUCGUACGCUAGCUCUGACGGUGAGGAUGAUGAAUUGAGCACCACCAAGGACCAGAAUAAGCUACACGUCGACUCCCCCAACAAACACGGAUCAGAACAAACCGGACUCGGCUCCCCAGUGAAACGAAUUAAUUUCACUUCCAGCCAACCCCCCAAAACUGUCGACGAGAACGGACAACCUACUCUCCAACCACCGAAGUCGGUCGAUUUCAGCGAUGCAGCUUUGCUGUCUAGCCCUGCUCGACGACCUCCCCCUUCUCCAUUUAGUUUCAGCAUCAGAGAGACUCCACGGCGCGGCCUUGCUUUGCCCGAGGAUCCAAAGUCUAUCGCUCAGCCUAACUUCACACCCACAGACAACUCGCCACUGAAGUCGUCGCCCAGGAAAGCAAACUUGGAUACACCGAGACGUGGUAAUCUCGGCUUCGAUGAUCUAAGGCCGCUUUCCCAGCCGAAUUUCACACCCGGGCAGAACUCCCCGCUUAAGUCUUCACCUAAGAAGGGGCUUUUUGGAGCCUCAUUUAUGUCACAACCGUCCCUACAGGAAUCUUCAACACCUUUGAAACGCAGUUUGCUUCAGAGUCCUGCGAAGAAGAUUGUCUCUCCGUUUAAAAGUUCUUUGCUAUUCUCGAGAUCCCUAAUGACUGAGCCUCUGGAGUCUGAUUCCAACCGGGGAAAGGAGUUGGAGACGGCCCCUUCCCCCAAGGUUGCUGAAACUUCCUACCAUAGGUAUGACUCAGAAGAGACCUUGGAAAUGCCGGAUGAUGAACACGUCACGGAAGCCCCAGCUAGCCGAUAUGAUGCCGAAACGCCUGAACCUGAAGCCGAGCCUGAAUUUAUUGACGGAUCUAACGACGUAUCGUAUACCCCGCAGCCUGAGAAGGAGGAUGAGACUCAUGUGCAAAACUUUACACAUACUGACGAAACUGAUGAAGAUGCUGUGGGAGCUCUGGAUAUAAACCACGAAGACACAGCAAGUGAGCACGAAAAAGAUAUGGAGCAUGUCGACGACGGUCCAGAAGAGCCUCUGGACCCUGUUGCCAUGGAUCGUGAAGGCACUGUUGAGAGUGAUGGAGUCGACGUGGGCCUCUACGAGCUCUUUGAAGGCCAGAACGAGAUCGUCGAAAAUAUUCUCAUGGAGGAUGAUUUCGAGGAGGACAAUUUUGAAGAGCGGCUGGAAACGUAUGUGCCAGAGAUCCCUGAAGAUUACACGCUUUGUCUUGAGGUCGCGGAGCAGGAUGCCUAUGAGACUGCUCAAUAUGUGGAGAGCAUGGCUGAUGCAGAGAUUGAGAAUGAGCACGAUACUGCCGAGGAUAGGAUCUCGGUGACGUCGGAUGUGGAUGAGGAUAUCCUCACCCUUGAAAAUCAACAGGGUGAUGAAUCUGAGGAAGAGAGCUAUGAAUCUGAGGAUGAUUUACCGAACGAGGAGCCGGUAGAGUUCACAAGUCGCGAAAGUAUGCUUGAGGGACUCGAAGAUGUCUUCACUGAAGAUCCUGCUGGCACCUCUGAAAUACCUUGCGAUGAAGAAACUGAAAAUCGUGCUGAGACUCAGGAAGUUGCGGGUGACCAAAGGGUCGACCCUAACUUGGACUAUGAUGAAGAAGAGGUCAACAGGCUCGAUGAUUACGCGUUCGAUGAGGAAGAGGCUACGCUUGUCGCGUUUAAUACUCCCGGGAGACCACACAGACAAACGCCUCGGCGUACACCACGACGGACAUCUAGAAGAGUGUCUGAACGGACACCUAGGCCGACAUCUACUCAGAGUCCUAGACACACACCUGCACAAGGGUUGCGACAGACUCCUGAACAGACGCCUCAACAGACGCCUCAACAGUCUCCAGAACAGAUGCUUAGAGAAACACCUGAACCGAGCCCUCAACCCCGGGCAGCCACCCCUGAGGUAUACGCUCCUUACGAGAUCGAAGAACCACCGACUCCCCAGGUGCCAAACUAUUUCUAUUUUGUCCCACAGUACUUUGCCUCGUUCGCGCCUCCUCGUUUCGCCGAUGACUACCGUGACACAGCAGUGGAAACGAGCUUUGAUGCUGCCGACAAUACGACUACGGCGGAUCUUCCUACCCCAGACGUCCAGCCCUCUCCUCAGCUCCAAAAUCAUACUCCGGGUCCGGAGAAGGAAAGGCAUCAACGCCCCCGCUUCACGCUGUUGGCCGAGCAGCUCAGCGAGUGGAAGGCGAGUAGCCCUAAGAAGACUGAGCAAAGGCGCUCUGGACGUCGGGGCAUCUUCUCCCUUUCAGGCAGUCUGAGCGGCCCUAGCAAUGUCAACACUACCCAAGAAGAUGUGUCUUACCCCGAUCUCUCAGCCAAUUCACAAUCCCCAGUGGUUGAUGAACCCAAGCCAAAUGAAGAACCUGUGGCCACCGAGGACGAGUAUGAUUUGGUGUCGCCAGAAAUGGCUCGCUGUGCUUUUGAGGAUUUGGAGAAGUCUCCCGGACUUCCUAUGUUCGAGAUAUUUAGCGACGAGGACCUUGUGGAAAACAAACAGACUGAUGCCCGUGAGGACACGCAAGUUUCCAUUGUUUACGAGAGCCCGCUGCGUCCAGCGGCGUCUAUCCAGGAAACGUUGGAUGAUGAGAAAGAAAAUUACGAAGUUCAGCUUCCCGCGCCGGCCACGCCAGUGCGGGGCAAGACCAGCCCCUUGCAAACAUUCCACACGGUGUCCAAGGUACCCUUGAAGCCGGAGGGGGAAGUAUCCCCUUUGAAGGUGUCCCGUAAGCGAGGCCGCUCUCUUUCCAUCACAUCGCCGACUCGCUCCUCUCCUCGACUUCGCAAGUCUAUCCUCGCUCUUCAAGAGGACAUUGAUUCUCUUCCCCCUCGCAAGGCACCCAGGUUAUCGUAUAGUACAAUGCCACAAUUGCAACCUACCCGAUCGAGAAGCAGCUCCAAGGCACAGGAUGCAACACAGGAGGUUGAACGGAAAAGGGCUCCUUCUCGGUCUCCCAGCCCUGCCAAGUCCCCCCGCAGGCGUAGCAGCAUUGUCCAGCCGACUCCCAUCGGAGCCCUGCAAGGAGCUGUCGUGUACGUGGACGUGCAUACGACCGAAGGAGAAGAUGCUAGUGGGAUCUUUGUGGAGCUUCUGCAGCAGAUGGGUGCCCGAUGUGUUAAGAACUGGUCCUGGAACCCCCGCUCGAGUGUGUCUCCCGAUGAACAGGCUGAGACCAGGGAAGGCAAAGUUGGCAUAACUCAUGUCGUCUACAAGGAUGGCGGUGUGCGGACUAUGGAGAAGGUCAGACAAGCCGCCGGUUUGGUCAAGUGCGUAGGUGUUGGCUGGGUCUUGGACUGUGAAAGAGAAAACAAGUGGCUGGACGAGGCCCACUAUGCCGUGGACAGCUCAAUUAUUCCGCGUGGAGGUGCCAAGCGCAGAAAGAGCAUGGAGCCCCGCGCACUGAGCAAUAUAAAUGGGACUCUUGUCAAAGCCGAUGCAGGGAGCAGACGAUCUGGUGUGGGCGCCGCCGAUUUCGCGCGAACGAGCACAUCCACUGCUCGCGAUGCGCCUUCAACUCCCAAGAGGAGCAAGAAAACCGAAGCCGGCUAUCCGGGAAUAGACCCGAAAUAUUUCCAAACACCCAAAACUCCUGCUUUCACCUUCAACAUGGACUCCGUUGGCAUGUCCCCAGCAACCCCCUUCUUCCUGUCUCAACGGUCGAAACUUGUACAGCAGACCUGUCCUCCAAAGCAGAUCCGACAGGGACUUUUCUCCAACGCCGGGCCAAGUGAGGAGCAGUCACAGAAGCUGCGGGUGAAAUUAGAGGCAGCCAGACGGAAGAGUCUUGCUUUUAAGCCCAAGAUCGGGAGUCCGUUAGUACCAUAAUUGUUUGCUUUUACCUGGUGUUUCGUGCAUUGUCUUGGAUCUGGAUUGAGUUGUUUGUUCUGUUUCAUAAAUCAUACCCCUAAGCAGUUG